UGGGGAUCACCUGGGGCCGAAGCAAAAUGGCUAUUUACCGGACAAGAAGAAGAAGAAGAAGGCGGAGGACGACUGGUGUGAGAUGAGCGUGAGCUCACACGAUCACUGGGAUGUAGUGAAAUCUGUGCUCUCAGGUGCAACGUGAGCAGGUGGCCGCCAUCUUCCAGCUGCUGAAAGACAACCAGGAGACUUUUGGUGAUGUGUCAGAAGGAGACAUGGAGGAGCAGCUCAGACUCUACUCCAUCUAAGGCUCCUCUUUGUGUUUUUGGGAUCCACCCCCUGAUUGCACUCCGUUUAACCCAUGAGCGCUAUUGAAGGACUUCUACCAAAUACACCAAUAAACGUGUUCACAGUAUUCAACGCAAGCUGUACAGUCUACAUAACAGCCACUCUCAUCCUUGUUUUAAUAUGAUAUGCUUUUGUUUGUUGUUUUUCCACACAUGAGGAAGUAACCAAAGCAGCUGGAUCUCGUCCAGCACAGAACAGGAUUUUCUAGUUACCCCUCUGUAAAUAUAAUUCAUAAAUGAAUGUUGUUUCUGUUAGUUUUAUAUUAUGGUUAUUUAUGACAUAACUUUUUUUAAAAUCCAAUUUUACCAUUAAAUCUGUACAAAUCCUGUGAAGUCUGUUGUGCAAAACCUCCCCUCUGUUGUGUAAUAAACCAGAUAUUGUACCACUGUGAAGGUGUGGGAGCAUAGUUCUGCUUUUAUUGUAUAUCUCUUUGGCCCUGCCCAGUAAAGUGUGGUGACAUAGUGUAGAUAUUUCAUUAAACUUUUCCACGAGGGAAAGCAAAUACUUGUCAGCUGUUGACUGAACAGCAAAGCCUCCAGGUCUCAGUCUCGGGAAUGGCACUCCCAAAGACCAGGCUUUUUUUCUGGCUGCUCGUGAGCUCAGUUUUCAUUGUGGUUUUUAUUUUAUCAUGGGGAGAUUACUCAAGAAAUAUCAGCUUGGCUGCUUUCUCAGUGACAAACAGAAGUGAAGAAACGUCUCACUUCUGGGAUUUAAUAAGAAACUCGACUCCCCUAUCUGUUGUGUUUAACUUGACACGUGCGGCAAAAACGGCUGAUUCUGAAAAAACAAACCCGGUAACGAAGCUUAAAGUGGAUCAGAUGAGAAGCUCUACACAUGCUGCUGUGGCUGAAACUCCCAUGCCCAUCCUCUUCAAAAAAUCCUUCAGGAAGGCUCCUCUGUGGGAUUUUGAUGAUGUUUAUAACCAGGAUGCUCCACCCAGACCCUGGACAUGCGCUGAGUCUCUGCGAAACUCUGAGGACGAGAGCUUCAAAAAGGCUUUCCUGCCCAACAUACGUGUGUUUCUGCACAAGGACAACAUCAACAUGAGCGAGUGGAACCGGCUUUCACAUUUUAACAAUCCCUUUGGUUUUAUGCAGUUUCCCUAUGACGAGGUGAUGAGCGCUGUGAAGUUGAUCCCAAAGCCAAAAGAGCCACUGCUCCUUCCAAAGCCAGGCAGCGGCGAGUGUGUGCGCUGUGCUGUGGUGGGCACUGGGGGGAUCCUCAACGGCUCCAGGAUGGGGAAAGAGAUCGAUGCUCAUGACUACGUUUUCCGGAUGAACGGCGCAGUCACCGAAGGUUAUGAGGAGGAUGUGGGAAACAGAACUUCUGUGUAUGUUCACACAGCACACUCCAUCAGUGCGUCACCAUAUUUUUUCAGCAAGUACGGAUACAAAGCCGCCCCUCAUGAUGAGGGUAUAAAAUACGUGAUGAUACCUGAGGGGAUGAGGGAUUACAAUUGGCUCGGCGGUCUUCUGAGAGGAGAAAUUAUUGCUAAUGGCUCAUAUAAAAACAGGAGGCCAAGGACAUACUACUCUGGGCAGUACGACGAGUCCCGCUUCUAUGUUCUGCACCAGGAUUUCCUCAGAUACGUCAAAAACAGGUUCUUAAAGUCUCGUUCUCUGAAUAGUUCACACUGGGCAAUAGUCAGACCAACCAAUGGGGCAUUUACUCUCUUCCUGGCUCUGCAAACCUGUGACACUGUGAGUGCAUAUGGAUUCAUAACUGAGGACUACAAGAAAUACAAUAACUACUACUUUCAGAGAAAUAUUAAAACCCAUAUUGUUUUCUACUCCAAUCACGACUAUAUCCUGGAGAUGAAGAUGUGGAAAAAACUACAUGACAGCAAAAUACUGUGGCUUUAUCAAGGACCGGACUCAGGAAAAGGGACAGAAAAGCCGAAGUAACACCGAUACUGAUACACUGAGGAUGGCAUCAAGAAUCUAGGUCAUUUUAUAAACUGCAUAUUUAAAAAUGUUAUUCUUGUUUACCCAGCCAUGUGAGACAAUAUGUGACUGACAGUUUUGCCUUCCUUUGGUGUUUCUACACCUUAGUAAGUCUUUCGUAGAUAUUCUUAUUUGACCCUCACUGUGGUGGAUAAAAUUCAAGUAACACCUCUCUGCACACAUGGUUUAACAGCAUGACAAACUACUGCCUCCAGGAUUUAACACAACUGGUUUAACAUUAAAAAAAAAAAAAAGGACAUUAUAAUCUUACUGAAGGUCGGAUUUAUAGAAGGGCUUUUGUGUCAGCCUGCAUCAGUUUCAGCGAAUUGUAGCAAAUAGUUUAAAUUGAAGUUUCAUCUUAGGUGGUGAGUCAUCCUGAGAUAUCAAAAUAUUAAUAUCAAAGUACCAAAUAAACAGUAACAAAUAAUAGAAAUGAAAGCCAAUGAAUAAGAGAAAGGACAUACCCAUAGGGUAUUAACACUAAAUCAGAGACGGUUCAUGAAGUAGAUGGCACACUUUAAAAGUUAGGCGAUGUUUGUAUUUGUGUCACGUGGGCACAUGGGAGAAGUUUGCCUGGCAGAAAUAUUAUUCAUUUUAACAUAACCCAUGAUUUCUUGCCCCUAAAUAUGACAAAAAAUCCCUUUCUGGCAGAAAUCACUCAAGGCUGUAUCUACUGUUGUAUUGUUUUGAGUCUGCUUUCAUCCAUCCACAUGACUUUCACAACAUUUCAAAAUGAGGUAGGGGAUACAGGGGAGAGACUACAAGUACCGUUUCGUAGCACUGAUAAUGCUUGUCGUCUUUCGUUAUAGAGCAUCUUUGACUGAAUAACAUUCGAUAUACUGUGACGUAAGUAGAUUAUACACGAGUUUCCUGUUUACAAAAAAUCAUCAGCACAGUACAAACCUCACUGCCACAGUGUCAUGAUUAUGGACCUUAUGGCAGCAUUUAGAAAACAAACAACUUGCCUGAACCACUGAAGCGGGAUUUAUACUUGUGCAUCAGCUCUAUGCAGUCC